GAUAGAUUUUGCCUUUCACUUUGAACUCCGCCGGAACCUUCGAGUCGGGGCCGCUGGAUCCUGGGGAACGGAUGCCUGACGCAUAGUCUGACCGUUUGGUCACGUGUGGGAAUCGCCUCGAGCUGGGGCCAUGGGUAAGAAGAGAAUCGGCGGCGGCGGUGGGGGCCUGGGCCGAGCUAUUAUCAAAGACAAGAAUCAGGCUGCAGGGAGACUGCGGAGAACUGACAGCUGGCUUCACACAAGUGAACUGAAUGAUGGCUAUAACUGGGGACGGCUGAAUUUGCAAUCUGUGACAGAACAAAGCACGUUAGAUGAAUUCCUGGCAACUGCAGAAUUGGCAGGCACAGAGUUUGUAGCUGAGAAGCUGAAUGUCAAGAUUAUUUCUGCUGAGGACAGAACUGGUUUGCUGACAACAGAGGAAAGCAAAAAGAUCAAGAAGCUUCAAGAAGAGAACAAGCAGUUUCUUUGCAUUCCCCGAAGGCCUUAUUGGGAUGAGAAUACAGCAGCUGAACAACUGCAACAAUCAGAAAGGGAAAGCUUCCUGGAGUGGAGAAGACAGCUGGCUCGAUUGGAAGAAGAAGGGAACCUGAUCCUGACACCGUUUGAAAGGAAUCUGGAGUUUUGGCGUCAACUAUGGAGAGUGAUUGAAAGAAGUGACAUCAUUGUUCAGAUUGUUGAUGCUAGAAACCCACUCCUUUUCCGCUGUGAAGACUUGGAACGCUAUGUGAAGGAGAUCCAGAAAGAUAAAGACAACAUGAUCCUCUUAAAUAAAUCUGAUCUGCUGACAUGUGAACAACGGAGAGCCUGGGCAAGAUAUUUUGAUAAGGAAGGUGUGCAGGUCGUUUUCUGGUCAGCCACUGCAGAAGGGAAAAGACUAGAUGCUGAAGGAAAGGGAGAAGAACAAGAGACAGAAGGAAGUGAAAUGAGUGAAAGAGAAUGUUCAAGAGGAUCAGGUACUCGGUUUGAUGCUCGAGAUGGCUUGUGGCCUACGUAUGAUGCAGAUGAAGAUGACUCUAGUGAGUAUGAAGAUUGUGAAGAUGAUGACUCUUGGCAAACUUGUUCAGGAGAUGACAAGAAAAACAUUACGCACUCUGACAUUGAGAACAUGACUGGUCACAUUAACAUAAGUCCUGCCUCCACUGGCCACUGUGAAAACUGCUACAAGGAAAAUGAUGGGCCUUCAAGUAGUUCAAGCUCCGAUAAAACAGAGUUUAUCAAAAAAUCCAUCAGUAACUCGAGCCAUCUGGUGCAGAGAAAUGAACUAUUGAAGAUUUUUAGAACUUUGCACAAAGGACAGCGUGUGAAAGAUGAUGAAAUAACAGUGGGCUUAGUAGGAUAUCCAAAUGUAGGCAAAAGUUCAACAAUCAAUACUAUUCUUCAAAAUAAGAAAGUUUCUGUAUCUGCAACUCCAGGCCAUACAAAACACUUUCAGACAUUGUAUGUGGAGCCAGGUUUAUGCUUGUGUGACUGUCCAGGCCUAGUGAUGCCGUCCUUUGUCUCCACCAAAGCGGAAAUGGUCUGUAGUGGAAUUUUACCCAUAGACCAGAUGAGAGACCACGUGCCACCUGUCUCUUUAGUCUGCCAGCAUAUUCCCAGGCAUAUUUUGGAAGCCACAUAUGGAAUUAAUAUUAUCCAUCCCAGAGAAGAUGAAGACUCAAACAGACAACCUACUUCUGAGGAAUUAUUAACUGCCUAUGGGUAUAUGAGAGGUUUUAUGACUUCCCAUGGGCAACCAGAUCAACCUAGAGCAGCUCGAUAUAUUUUGAAAGAUUAUGUUACAGGCAAGCUGUUGUACUGCCACUCUCCACCUGGCAUUGAUCCUGCUCAUUUCCAAUUCCAGCAUGUUAAAUUUGAAGAAUGUGGUGUUGUAUGUCAUGAGAAUGGUACAAAACUCAAAAGGAAGCAGCGUAAUUUGAAAAGAAUUGAGAAUGAUGUGGACAAAAGCUUCUUCCAUCAGGAGAAUAUACGUGCUUUGACAAAAGGAAUUCAAACAGCAAUGGGAUUAAAACAUGGCAUUAGUUCAACACCGAUGACUGGAGCCAGCGUGGAAAAUGUGGCAGGAAAACCAUGGAAAAAGCAUGGCAACAGACAUAAGAAAGAAAAAUUACGGAGAACUUACAAACACCUGGAUGGGUGAAUUUCACUUGUUAUUCUCAGGAGUUGGACACUUGGCCUAAUUACCAUUGCCCAUCUUAUACUCACAUACUGGGAAUAGAUGAAGCAAGUUAGGAGGAAAAAUAAUAAAUAUGUUUUAGUAUAUGCUGAAAGAAAGAGACAGCAACCUAAUGGAAUACACAGCAGUACCUGAAGUAAUUUAGUGUAAUUCACUUGGAAUUUACAGUAUAAAUUUUUAACCUUUUUCUAAAGAUAUGUGCGAUUCCAUUGUUGAAUUCUGCAGUAAAAAAAAAAUAAAAUAUGUACAUAUAGUAUCACUUGGCAUUCAUUUGCUAAUUGGGAAUAGACAAUGACGUUUGUUUGGACUAUGUUUGAAAUGAUCAUUUUUCCGCAAAAAUGGCUGCACUUGUAAAAAUGUUCUGAAUUAAAAUUUUUCACAUUUGAGAUUACCACUGGAAUGGAGUUUCACCAGCUUUAAACUGGUUUUGGUAGGCUAGUGGAGUGGCGCACCAUAUCUGAAGGUUGUGAUAUUGAAUGUCAGACUUAGCUGACAUUCGCAUGUUGUUAAUUCUUGUUGAAGAAAUGUUGCUAGUUAUGUCUGUACAAAUUUAAUACCAGUUUUUUAGAAGGAUGUGUGAAAGCACAGCUUUCCUAAGGGGAAUUGAAGAAAAAUAAUGGAAAUAUUCUCUUCUAAGAAUCCACAUUAUGAUGUCGAUAAUGCUUUGUGAAGAUGAUUGUAAUAUGACACACCUAAAACGAAACAAAGUUGUGUACA